AUGACGGAAUUGAGCAACAUGAAGCGAGAACAUCUGAAGACAGGAUGGUUGCGAGGGCAAAUGGGAAGUGCUAGAGGUGAUGAUAGGGGCUUGUCCUUUGUGAAAGGACAUGUGCUUCUCAUGCCAAGUGUGGGACAGGUGACUAUAAAUGCAAAAUUUGACAAAGACAUUUACCUCCCAGAGGACGCCGAGUUUUACUUUGUUUAUGAUGGAUCCCUGAAGAGGCACAUAAUGUUUGCUGCGCGAGUUAGUGACAAUGCUCUUCAGUCCCUUGUUCCAGGCCAUGGAUGCCAAGAAACAGUUUCUGUCUCUGUGUUAAUGUACACAAGGGGAUACUCGCCUGUGGUCCUCGGCAGCUGUCCUGUCACUUACAGAGAGAAUCUGUCUUGCAAGUUGUCUCGCUUUCUGGUUGAUCACGCAAAAUGUGUCACUGCCACUAGUCACAAGAUGUUGCUGGAUAAGUUUGGGCUAAGGAUAAAAGAUCUGCAGUCCCUGGAUAAUGAUUUGAUGAUGGCUGUUGCUCAUGAAGAAUUGCCAUCGACCUGGAACAUCCUUGGAAGCUCCUCAGAAGGUGAGCCGAAACAUAAAGAAACUCUUCUCCACCUUGUAAUGAAAUUGGGGUUGGUUAAGCUUUCGCAGUUCUUAGCAGCCCAGCCUGGAGGGUCAUCAGCAUUAGCAUUACCUAAUGAGGAUGGAGCAACACCAUUAGAUUUGGCUUUACAAAACGGGCACUCCAAACUUGUUGAGGUCUUCACAAAUUCCCAGGGCGGUCACUCACCUGACAUUUCAAGAGCGGAGAUCAGCGACGGUGCUUGUGUGCAGUUUGUUCAUUCAUCAGGAGCUCUGACUCUGACAUUUAGCCACACUGCACAGCACUUGCUGGAGUCAGAUAUUAAGCUCUUCAGAAAAUACUUCUGGGACAGACCUCUUCUUUACCAGAGUAUUAAUUCAAAACAAGUUGAGACAGUGGAAGGUCCAAAAAUGCUCUGCAGUACAGCAAGCUCUGUAGAAGGUCCUGUGAACUUGGCAUCUGAUGAAUUGUGCCAGGAUGAUAUGAAGCCUUUCCGAGACUCUGUGGUUCCUGCUAAAGAAAAUGAAGAUCAUGUCCUGUUGAGCAUAGAGCAGAGACAGUCUACCCUUGAUGUUCUCAGGAAACUCAAGGCUCCACCUACUUUGUUUGCUGCAACCAGACUUUCUGCCAUGCUGAGUGGAAGUGGUGAAGUAUAUGCAAACUGCAUGGUAGUAGAUCAAGCUGGAGAUUUAAAGGCUAGCUAUGUUCAUGGAGAUGGUGUCAGCAGUGAAACAUGUCUGAAUCCCACCAACUCAAUCCCGAUGUCUAAGAGCUCUUCAUCUCCCUCCCUUGAGGAGAAUGACCAAUAUAUAUAUGAUCCAAAUGAAGGAAAUCAAAGGCCAGUGAAGAAUGGAGAAAAUGCAGGUUUAAUACAUACUGUUUCACCUUCUGAUCCAUAUGGAGCAGAUUCAUACCUUCCAUUCAAAAGCCAUGGUUUUAUUAAGGAUCGGGGCCAACUUUAUGCUGAUGUGAAGAAAAGAAGCAUCUUCCUUGAAGUAUCUGAGGUGAUGUGGCAAGUUACUCAGCAGAUCUUUAAACCAGCUUUUUAUGUCAGAAAAAUUCCCCAGGGAGGCAGGUACCUGUGUGGAACAAAACAUUUCAUUUUAAGGGAGAUGCUGAACAUGGGUCUGAAAAUCAUCCUCCAGAAGUGGCUGACUGUGGUGGGAGUCUGCAUGAUCGUGGGUGAUGCAAAUGUCUGUAUCGCAGAUCCGCAAGGUUGGGAUGGAUCGUUACUAGAAUUCAUGGGAAUUAAAGACUUCAUUGUCUGCUUCAGUUCAAGUCUCGAUGACCUUGAAGUAGACGGUGGAAGUGGAGGUGUUUCGGACAGAUCCCACAUUCACUACCCUCCCCUCGGCUCUUCAGAGGCCAUGACUUGUGGCAGAGAUGGAUUGGACUUAUCUAUCAGUCUGCAGCCCAAGGAAUGCACAGUGUCUGGGAUUCGGUCACGCUCCUAUUCCUGCUCCUCGCCCAAAGGUUUAUUAGGAAGACCUUGCAUUCCUCGAGACUUCGCAGUUGGGGAUUUGAAUGAAGAUGGUGUGCUCGUGAACAGUGGUCGAUCCCUCCUUCAGGCUCUUUCACUCUCUAAGUCAGUGUCUCUGCUCCACCCUUGUAAGCGAGCGUACAGUCUGCCCGAGCAGUCCCGCGAGAAAAGGAUUCAGGAGGAGGAAUGGAAUAAAUACAUUGUACCCUCAAAAAAUGAGUCUGAAAAAUGUAAAGUGAGUCGGACUUUCAGCUUUCUGAUGAACAGAAUGACCAGCACACGGAAUAAGUGCAAGACAAAAAAUAAAGAUACCAAAGAUAAAGAGAAACUGAACAGGCACAAUUUUACAAAUGGGACUUUCUCAGGAGUUAUCCCAUGUAUGGCUUGUGAAAAGGCCCUCCUAGGAAAGGAGUCACUACAGUGCUCUUACUGCAACAUGAUUGUGCAUAAGAGCUGCAAGGAGUGUGCUCCUGUGUGCACCAAGAAAUCCCAGGAGAGGUACCAUAAUAAAAACAAACCCCAAGCCGGUGUUACAAAUUCCCUGCCUGGAGACAUUUCACAGAUGGUGCUCUCCCCGGUGCUUUCUUCCUCUGUGCCUGUCGGAUUGUCUGCUGGAAGGAGGGAAGGCUCGCCACAGCCCCACUUCUUGUCCAAAAGUGUCCCCAGUGCCAGUUUUGAAAGAAGACCUACACCGUUUUCUGAACAAGACUCUGAGACUAGCACCUGGAGGCCCAAGUCACGGUCUGAAGAGAUGUUACAAGCAUUAGGGACCUUUUCUUCAAUGGAUUCUUUUAUGAUGGAAGAUGAUGUGGAUUUGUCUCAGUGGACUGAUCUCCGCACAGAUGCACAAGAGUUUGAGGCAGAGUCCUGGAGUCUUGUUGUGGAUCCAGUGUUCUGUAGCAAGCAAGAAAAGGAUGUCAUCAAGAGGCAGGAUGUCAUUUUUGAGCUGAUGCAAACAGAAGUGCAUCACAUCCAUACCCUGUUCAUUAUGUCUGAAAUAUUCAGGAGAGGGAUGAAGGAAGAACUGCAGCUGGACCACAGCACAGUGGACAGAAUAUUCCCCUGCUUAGAUGAGCUACUGGAGAUGCACAGGCAAUUCUUCUGCAGAAUGAAGGAGAGACGGCAGGAAUCAUGUGAGGCAGGGAGCGAACGUAAUUUUGUCAUCAGCAGAAUUGGAGACAUCCUUGUGCAGCAGUUUUCAGAGGAAAAUGCAACUAAAAUGAAGAAAAUAUACGGAGAGUUUUGCAGCCAUCAAAAAGAAGCUGUUAAUCUCUUUAAAGAGUUGCAACAAAACAAGAAGUUCCAGAAUUUUAUUAAACUGAGAAAUAGUAACCUGUUGGCGCGACGCCGAGGAAUCCCUGAGUGCAUUUUGCUCGUCACCCAGCGAAUCACCAAAUACCCUGUUCUGGUUGAAAGGAUAUUGCAAUACUCAAAAGAAGGAACAGCAGAACAUAAAGACCUGUGCAAAGCCCUUCGUCUAAUUAAGGACAUGAUUGCAGCAGUAGAUUUGAAAGUGAAUGAAUAUGAAAAAAAGCAAAAGCUGUUGGAAAUUCUCAGUAGAACUGAAAACAAAACAUACACAAAGCUGAAAAAUGGCCAUGUUUUUAGGAAGCAAGACUUGAUGAGGAAAGAGAGGAUGAUACUUCAUGAAGGUUUAGUGUACUGGAAGACAGCGACUGGUCGUUUCAAAGAGACAUUAGCUUUGCUUCUAACUGAUGUACUACUGUUCUUACAAGAAAAAGAUCAAAAAUACAUCUUUGCAGCUGUUGACCAGAAGCCUUCCGUUAUCUCCCUUCAGAGGCUCAUAGUAAGAGAAGUGGCCAACGAAGAGAGGGGGAUGUUCCUGAUCAGCGCUUCAUCUGCAGGGCCUGAGAUGUAUGAGGUUCAUACCAACUCCAAAGAGGAACGUAACAACUGGAUGAGGCAUAUUCAAGAUGCAGUGGAAAGUUGUCCAGAGGAAGAAGAAGAAGGAAAAAUGAGUGAAUCUGAUGAGGACAGACGUAUUGCUGAGGCCAAAGCAUCCAGAAUUCAGAAAUGUCAAGAAUUACUGAGUAACCAGGACCAGCAGAUCUGUAGUUAUUUGGAAGAGAAGUUGCAUAUCUAUGCAGAACUGGGAGAUAUGAGUGGGUUUGAGGAUGUUCAUGUAGAACCUCACCUGCUUGUCAAACCUGAUUCUGGAGAAACUCCACAGGCUGCUUCAUUGCUGGCAGCGGCACUCAAAGAAGUUGAAAGUCUCCAUGUUGCUGUAAUGACAUCACAAGUGAGUGAAAAAGACAGAUCACCAGAGGAAAGCAUUGAGGAAUUAAGUGUGAAGCACAGAUGUAGUGCCAGUGAAAUCUUGGAAUCUGUUCCUGGUGAUGCAGAAAUAACAGAAGUUGAAGAAUCAUGUGAAGUUGAUCUCAGUGUUGAAAAGGAAAUGGCAGGUGCCAAUCUAGAGGAUAAGGGAGGAAGUAUGAGUUUCCCAGGAUCUACAGGGACAGAGAUUGUACAAACAAUCCAGAACUUAACCCGUCUCUUGUACAGCAUACAGGCAGCACUAGCUAUCCAGGACAGCCACAGAGAGCUCCGUAGGUUACUUCUGCAAGAGAAUGAGAAGACUGGUCGGGGCCAUGGUUCUCGGCUAAACCUCCUUCUGGAACAAGAAAAAUGCCAGAAUCUGGAAAAACAAAGGGUGGAGCUGGCCAACAUACACAAGCUGAAGCAGCAGUUUCAGCAGGAGCAGCAGCGGUGGCUACGUGAAUGUGACCAGCGGCAGCGGGAGCAGGAGGCAAGGGAGGGCCAGCUGGGGCAGCGGGAGAGGGAGUGCAGGUGCCAGGAGGAGCUGCUGGAGAAGAGCCGACAGGGACUGGCGCUGCAGCUGCAGGAGUACCAGCAGAGCUUGGAGAGGCUCCAGGAGGGCCAGAAAAUGGUGGAGAGAGAAAGAGACAGUGUGAAAAUGCAGAAGAAACUCCUCUGGCACUGGAAGCACGGUCAACAAAGUAGCCUGUUGUCAUCCACAGGGAGCUAUGAGAUAAUGGGACAUAAUCAAUUGGACAGCUUACAUGGCGAAAAUACAUUCUACUUAAAUGAAGCUGUUGUGUAUGUGUCUCUAAGCAGUCUCAACAGAUCAGAUUCUUCUCUCGUUUAUGAGGAUGGUGUGUAUGGGCUGAACAUCUCAAAUUCUGAUAGAGCAAGGACUAGUGAAAAUCAGGUGGACCUCAAAGUGGACACUUCUUGUCAGCCAGCGUUAACCAGUGCACUGUGGAAAUCCACUGGUCCUUACCAGCAGAUGUCUUUUUCCAGCAAAACCAUCAAGGAUGCCUUUAAUAAUGAUCUGAAUGCAUCGCAGACCCAGGGUCCCCAAACAAGCAUUCCAAACGAGGGAUCCAUCCAGCCACCACAGGUAGAUGCACUGCUGCUGAACCACCAGCCUGAGAGCGUCCAAGAUGCAGGAAGUGGAGGCAGAAUAGAAGAGAAGAUUGUUUACCUCUGA